AUGGGGAUGGCGCUGGAGCAGCUCUUCGUGCGCGUGUCAGACGCGCCGGAGGCCUCGCCCGACCGCGAGACGUGCGUGCAGCAGGUGGCGCGCGUCUGCGGCCUCGCGGCAGCUUCGCACGAGGACGACGCCAAGCUCUGCACGCUCUCGGGCUUCGCGGACACCAAGCAGCAGCUGGCGGUGGCCUGCAUGCUGCACUGGCAGCUGCUGCAGGCCAAGGAGAGCGGCGCCACGGUCUCCGUGAGCGACUCGGCCAUGGGCACGUGCUUCUCGCUGGCGGAGCUGCUCAACUGCGACAAGACGGCGUUGGAAGCCGGCGCUGUGCACGUGCUGGACGCUGUAGUCUUUGUGGAUAAGGUGCUGCAACAAUCGCAGCAAGAUGGGGAGGAGGUACAGAAGACGCAGAUCCUGGACUGCAGAGAGCAGAAGGAGUUCCUGGGCCUUGUCAGCGGCCAAGAAGUGUCGGGACACCUUGAGGGUGCACGGAAUGUGCCGUUCUCCGGCGAAGGAGCUUUCUUGCUGCCUGUGGAAGAGCUGCGGGAGGUGUUCGAAGUGAACGGCGUCGACUUGGACCUGCCUAUUGCGGUUGUAGCGAGAGUACCUGCUGAAGCCGCAGCGGUUGCCACUGCGUUGCUCCUAGCGGGUCACCGUUCAUGGGUUGCGUUCUGCACAGAUGCACUGACCGAUGCGUUGGUGGCGUCGUUCCCGUCGUCCACAACGACCGACAUUUUCCACCAAGGCCGACUGCUAUACAAGGACGACAAGGGUGCUUUUGAUCUAUCUCCGCAGUCGAAUGAUGCCAGCACUGUUGGAAAGGAGGGCGAGCACGAGGUUGAGGAGCUAAAGAAGGCUUACAACGAAGAGCUCAGUGGGAAGGCCAGCAAGAAGCGAGGGGAUGCCAACGAGGAAGAGCAGGAAGAAAAAGCUGAAGAUAUUGUGUGGGUCAAGGAUGGCCAUUGCUUCUUUGACAUGCCGUCUCCUGUCAGCAAGUCGGAGUUCCUGGAUGCGUCUCGAACUAUCUUCCGCGUCGUGUCCUUCGUGCUCGCACCUUUCGGGUUCCCUGCAUCUUUGCGCAAGAAACGUUCGUUGCAAGAAGUGAAGACGCAGUGCGGAUCGCUCUUCCAGGAUGUUAUUGAAGUGUGCUCGGAUCUUAUCUACCAGCAAAAGGAGCUCAACGAAGGCGCCAUGGCCAUGAGCGUGCACAAGUGGGUGGAGGAGAAGCACGACCAUGAGUGCACUGCCCAGGUUAAGGCUAUCAAUGAGCUGUGGGAAGUGCUGUACACACCACCUGCUGUGGUAGAAGUGCCGGACUUGACCGAGGAGCACGUGUUUGAGCUCGCUACGAAACUGGAAGAGAAGGUGCGCGACCUGGUAAGCCAACGUACACCUUGGGCAUUCGACGCGGUAGCCGAGGAGGAAGAAGAGGGGGAAUCAAGCGAUGAAGAAAUUGAGUUCGACCUAAAGGAGGAAGUGAUUGACCUGGAGGAGGAAGAAUUUAGCGACGAAGAGGAGGACGAAGAGGACCUCCACGAAGAGCCUGUUGACAAGCUGGCGGAGAGCUGGAAACACAUGUACCCGAGUGUGAUUUAUUCGCUGGGUUUCAUUCCGCAGGACGUUGAGGCAAACCACAAGAAGCUGAGUACGUUGCAAAUCAAGUCGUUCAUUCAGGCCGUGGCGGAGGCUUCCUGGGAUGUAAUCAAGGAUGAGACCAAGGAGCUGAGUCAAGUGGAAUUCCAGGCGCUAUGCGAGACGCUGGGCGGAGAAAAGAGAGAGCAGCUGACUGAUCGCGCUGUGGAAGCGGAGAAGUCGCUGUAUGUCCUGAAGCAUUUCCUUACCCGCUCCCUGAAAACCGACGACUCGCUUGCUGACAAGCUGGCGGGUGUCCGUGAAGCUGUGCUGGACGGCGACAUUCGCCGACGAUCGGGACGAACCCAAGUUGCUCUCGCUGCAUACUCGAAGGCCUUCGAAUACCUUCCGCUUUACCACAAAGAUUUGGAGAACGCGGUGGUAGGCCGGGCGAGAUGUUUCAUCGAGAUGAACGAGUUGGGUCGUGCCAAGACUGAAGUACAACUUGCGCUGAAGCUGAACCCGUACAGUGUUGGCGCAUACGAGUGUUUGGGAACUGUCGAGGAGAAGACCGAAAAUCCUGAAGCAGCGAUGCAGCACUACGUGACUUCCUUCAUCCUUGACGGCUCCCGCUCGCCGGAACAUGCUGAGUCUAUCGAUCGUGCAUCCCGCCUUGUGGGUCGUCGGGUGGCAAAGGCUCUCUUCGCGGAUAUGGAGAAGGUGCACGAGCUUCCGUCUUCUUGGCUGGUGGAUAGCUACUUCGAGUCCUUCGAGCAUGACGCCGACUAUGCCGCGCGUGUGCCGUUCGACAUCGCGAAGAAGGAAGACGUGGAGCAGUCAGACUUGGACGCACUCACUCUUCUGCACCGCGCGAUUCACUUUAAGCGCAAGAAGAACUACGGCGAAGCACAGCGUGACGUUUGGACGCUGAUGGGCAGGGACAUGGAGGCCGAGGGACUCACAGUGGAGGAUCGUGCCUUGGCGCUCAACCUGCACGCGUCGUUGCUGUACGUGGCGGGCGACGUCCACACGGCUGUGGAGGUCAUCAACAAGAGCCUGGAGCUUCAGCCGACACUGAUCAACUCGUUGGUGAAAAAGGGUGGAUUCCUCGCUGAAAUCGGCGAAAGGGACGAAGCCACUUCGUGCUUCUCAGAAGCUAUGGAACUGGACUCGAACGAGGCCGAUGUACACCUACACUUAGGACAGAUGGAGCUUCUCGAUGGAAACUACUACAAGGCUGCGCAGUGUCUCCGCCGCUGCAUCUCCAGGUCCGACGCGCUUCCAGUCACGCACAUUACGUAUGGCAUGGCGCUGUACAAGAGCGGCUCCACGUAUCAAGCCAAGGACGUGUUCGAGGAGGCCUCGAAGAAGUUCCCCGAGUCCGCCGAGGUGCACCUGUUCCACGGCGAGGUGCUGGCUGACCAGGGCAACUACGCCGAGGCCAUGCGCCACUUCCUGUCCGCCUGGGAGCUGUCUCCGCAGUGCCCGCUGCCGUUCCUGAACGCUGGUCGCGUGUAUGUGGGCACGAACGACCCCAUGCGCGCCAUCGCGCACUUCAAGCAGGCGCUGGAGGUGGACCCGCGCUGCAGUUCGGCGCACCUGGAUAUCGCCCAAGUUCUCUUCGCGCAGGGUCGCACGAGCGAGGCGUUCGAGCACUUUGAAGUGGCGGCGUCCUGCUGCCGCUUCCUGCCCGAGGUCGAGGAGGUCUGCGCCUGCCAGGAGAUGGCCAAGAUGCAGCUCAAGGUCACGGAGAUCCUCGGCGUCGAGCUGCGCCACAUCAUGCGCUCCAAGUAA